CCUUGCUGUCAUGGACGACAUAAAAAGGGCAAUUGCCAGAGACUUGGCCAGGCUGGCCGAUCUCGUUGAAAAAGAAAAUGUAUGUCCCGACGUCCUACUGUUCCGUGUAGAGGCUAUAAUGGCAAAUAUAGGACUUGUAGCUGCUGAAAUGGACACAGAGUUAGACCCACCUGUUCUUGAAAACUUGGAACGCGUUGCACACAAGAUAGGAGUCUCAAGUGACAGCACUAGCAGGAUCGCGGGACAACCUUUAUAUCCUUUGCCCAUCAGUGCCCUUGAGUCAUACCUACUAUCGGGGUUAACAGCUGUUGACAUUGCUCGAUUGUUUGGAGUUAGCGAAAGAACAAUUCGGUGGAGGAUGGCCCACAACGGAAUAAGAGUCUCUGACUUGAACACUAAAAUGGAUGAUCAGCAGUUGGAUGCCAUGGUGACAGAGAUCCUACAACAUCACCCCAAUACAGGGUACAAAAUGAUGAUUGGCUAUCUCAACUCUCGGGGCAUAAAGAUUCAGAAACAACGUGUACAAGAGUCCAUGCGCCGUAUUGAUCCAGAGGGUGUUGUGGUGCGCACUCUCAUGUUGCAGACAGUGAGGCGCAGACGGUACUCUGUACCAGCUACAAACAGUUUAUGGCACAUAGAUGGAAACCAUAAACUAAUAAGAUGGCGCAUUGUUGUGCAUGGUGGUAUUGACGGAUUCAGUCGCCUCAUUGUUUACCUAAAUGCUGCCACCAAUAACCGUGCCUCAACCGUGCUGGAUUGCUUCAGACAAGCAAUCCAUCUCUAUGGUGUGCCAUCUCGUGUCAGAUCAGACAAAGGAGGAGAAAACAUUGAUGUGGCACACUACAUGUUGACCAGCAGAGGGGUAAACAGAAAUUUUCUCACAUUUCUGGAAGAAGCGUACACAACCAAAGAAUUGAGCGCUUGUGGAGAGAUGUUUUUGGAGGGGUACUUGAUCUUUUCUACACCCACUUCUACAACCUGGAGCAUGAGGGCCUACUUUAUCCAGAUGAUGAAGUUCACCUCUAUGCACUGCACUGGAGCUUUCUUCCACACAUACAGAGGCACCUUCAGUUCUUCAAAGAUGGCUGGAACCACCACCGACUCCGGACCGAGGGCAAUCAGUCACCUCACCAACUCUGGACUCGUCAUCAACUAGAGGCAGACCCCUUACAGGUUUGCAUGUGUUAUGCAUGUUUAAUCCUUGCAGAUAGGAGUUAUUUGUAUUACUCUAUAGCACUUGCAUUAAACUGAUUUAGUAGAUUCUCAUUUUUCUUGUUAGAUGACACAUCCCCACUUAAUUUUGUACUCACUAAUUUGAGGACUCACGGUAAUCUGCAUCCUCUAACCAAUAUAUUUCUACCUUUUCUCAAACUCUUUAAAGCCCCAUACAGUGUAUUGUCGAUUUACAUUAAGUGAUUAAAAUCUUUCUAUUAGGUCGAUGUAGAGUAUGGCAUCGACUGGGCAGGUCCAUUCAGGCCUCGUUGUCAAGGUGUCAUUAUACCUGAAGUGGAACUUCGGCGCCCACUGACUGAACAGGAAGUUGGGAGGCUGCCAAACCCAGAAGGUUCUUUCUCCAAUGUGUU